AGAGACAACAGUUUCCAUCUGCAUUCAACUGCAGAGAAUAAAAGCUCCAGCAAUAUAUAUUGCUAGAGAGAGAAAGUAAGGUGGGUGAGAGAGAGAAGAGAGAAUUAUAGGUCGUGUAGCAACCUCCGUGAAAUCGAGCUCCCUUCACUCAGUGGAAUAUUCUGGUCUCAAUUGAGCCGAUUCAAUGUGAUUGAAAUCCUGAUGGGCUGAUUAUUGAUUGGAAAUUCCUGAAGAUUGCCUGUCUGCGAGCAUCUUUCAGCAUUAUGACAUCUUCCGUUCACAGCCUUUCAGUUUAUUGAAGUAUAUUGAUUGGGUGGUGUAUGUUUGUAUACAAAAACGGCAUGUCGGCAUCCAUCGAUUAGUGGGCGGUGGUGAGACGUUUGGAAAACUUUAUCUAGAUAGGCAGAAUAAUAGUGAGGCUGAUGAACAACAAAACCACACAGAGUCUUACCUCCAACCCUUGUCUCCAGCAAAAGGGAUGUGUGCUACAGAUAUUGCAUCACCAGGAAUGCCCUAUGCACCACCUGCUCAAGUUGGAGUUGGAAAUGUAAUGGCGCAAACAGCUUACCCUUAUCCUGACCCGUACUACAGGAGUAUAUUUGCUCCUUACGAAACCCAGCCUUAUCCAGCGCAACCUUAUCCUGCGCAGCCUAUGGUACAUUUGCAAUUGAUGGGAAUUCAGCAAGCUGGUGUGCCAUUGCCCACAGAAGCAGUUGAGGAGCCUGUCUUUGUUAAUGCAAAGCAAUAUCAUGGCAUCUUGCGUCGUCGCCAAUCUCGUGCUAAGGCUGAAUCAGAAAAUAAACUAUCCAAGCCUCGAAAGCCAUAUUUGCAUGAAUCUCGGCACUUGCAUGCACUGAGGCGAGCUCGGGGAAACGGGGGUCGAUUCCAGAAAAAAAACGACAACCUGAAGAAGAAAGAUGUUGAGUCUAGCGAGAAAUAUCACGACAGUAUCAACCUCAACGGUGAAAAAGCUGUCCCCCAAAGAGUGCCCUCAGAAGAUGUAGCUUAAACAGGUAGAAACGAAAGUAGCUCUGUCGAAACUAUCUCGUGUGAAUUUGGCAGAUUCAUUAAGAUGAUGGUUCAUAGAUAUUUAAGUCAUAGUUUCGUGUGUACAUUCAGUUAUAGGUUUUUGUAGGGAGCGUUUCAGCAGAAUGUGAAUUUCAGGUUGCUGUGCCAGUUUCAUGUUUAUUUUUAUUCGAGCAUUGAUGCAACUCAAGCUUUUCCCUCUCUAGAUGUGUCACUCUUGCCUAAA